AUGGCUCUUUCCGCAGCGACACUUCGUUUGUUGAUCGUCAUCUUCGUCGCCCUUGGGAGCACAACCUACGGUUACUGUGCCUCCAUCAUCAGCACUACCCUGGCACAGCCCUCCUUUAUCGCUUACUUUGACCUUGACACUCGGUCCAAUGCCACCGAUCUGACCGGGUCCAUCUUUGGCCUGUUCCAGACCGGUGGCUUCUUUGGCACAUUGUCGUGUUUGAAGUCGGCUGACUGGUUGGGUCGACGCAAAGCACUCUUCUAUGCAGGGUUGGUCACCACCGUAGGCGGAGGUCUUCAGGCUGGGAGCGUCAACAUUGGAAUGUACAUCUUUGCACGGUUCCUCACUGGUGUCGGUAUUGGUGCUCUCGUCACUCUUGUGCCGCUCUACCAGAGCGAGAUUGCGCCCCCCAAGAUUCGAGGCUUCCUAGUCGCCAUGCACGGUGUGAUGCUGUGUGUUGGCUACUCAGCCGCCAGCUGGGUUGGGUUAGGGUUCUACUUUGUCGAUGCUGGCGGGGCACAAUGGAGACUCCCCCUGGCUAUCCAGGCGCUUUGGCCUGCGGUGCUUUCUGCGGGAGUUUUGUUCCUGCCCGAAUCUCCUCGAUGGCUGCUGGAUCACGAUCGCUACGAAGAGGCAUUCGAAUCCUUCAAACGCGUGCGCGCCGAGUCGUCCGACGCCUUCUUGAGCGACGAGGCCGCUCUCAGAGCCGACUUUGCCAUCCUCCGCGAGCAGAUCAUAUUUGAGAAACAACAGCAACUGUCCCUGUGGGAUAUUUUCCGCCUGCCACAUUAUCGCAAGAGGCUCAUUGUCGGGUUUGUGACCAUGGUCGCUCCCCAGGUCACCGGCACGCAGAUUAUUUACAACUACGGGUCGCAGCUGUAUAAGAGUCUCGGGUUUAAUACCCUCGAACAACUCCUCCUGAGCUGUGGAUGGAUCACUUUCUCGCCCUUUGGGAACUGGUUCAAUGGCCUGGUCGUGGAUAGAGUCGGCCGAGUGCGGAUGCUGCUGAUUGGAAUCAUCGGCUGCGUGCUCUGUCUUGUGGGCGAGGUCAUCACGCUCGCGCAGCUCGACAAGGGUGAGAACAAGGCCGCCACCAAUGCCGCUGUCUUCUUCCUGUUUUUGUUUGUCGGUUUCUACGCAAGUUUCAUCGAUGCGACCACAUACAUCUACGCUUCGGAGAUCUGGCCAACUCCCAUCCGGGCGAAGGGGCUGGCAUUGUCCAUCUCGGGCCUGUUUCUCUCGUCACUGGCCAUUCUUCAGGGCGCUCCAGCCGGUUUCGCCAACAUCGGCUGGCGAUACUACCUGGUCUUCAUCUCCGUCACCUCUGUCAUGGUUGUCUUUAUGUUUUUCUAUUUCCCCGAGACCAAAAAAUUGAGUCUCGAGGAAAUCGGUGAGAUUUUCGGUGAUGAAGUCGCGCAUGUCGACGCCAGCACCGCGACGGCCAUGGGCGAAAAGGGCGUGACGGAGCUGCACAUUGAGACUACGGAUGUCAAGUAG